UCUACCACUUUUCUAGCCCCCUGUACAGAGCCCCUCGUUUGGGAUGCCUCUCACAGACAACAAAGCUCAACAUGGCUUUACUUCGUCAUCUCUCUUUCCCCACUUAACAACUCCUCCCUCUCACACUCCGACCACUCUUCUCUCUCCACCUCUCUUUGCUCCCCCCCUCUCUCUCCCAAACCCACACUUGUUCCUCCUCCUUCAGGGCCAAAAAGCUCGGAAUUUCGUCCUUCAAUUCUCCGCCGCCGCCCAAGACCAAGUUCUCGACGAAACCCCAGUACUCGAGGCGGAGCCCCUAGAGUUCUCCGACACAAGACUGCUUGCCCAGAAUGUUCCAUGGCAUUGCACCCCGGAAGACAUCCGUACUGUGUUCGAGAAGUACGGCACCGUCUUCGACGUUGAGCUUGCCAUGUAUGACAAGACCAGGAACAGGGGUUUGGCAUUUGUAACAUUGGGUUCGCCCGAGGAGGCUCGUACGGCUCUGGAUAAUCUCGAAUCGUCUGUAAUUAUAUUCGGUUCUGUUAUCUUAUGUGAAUGCUUGUGUUGUUGUAAGUUUAGUUUUAUGCUUGGUUUGGUCAGUUAGAAAGACUACUAGUUGGGAAGUGAAAUGAAAUUUGGGAAUUUUAUAGUUUUUCGCUGUAUGAGAGGUAGCGUUCUACUAUUCUACUUGACUACUAUUUUGUGUUUGUUUCGUUCGUAUUGGAAAUUCGUUGCUCUCCAAAAAUAUAAGAAGAGAAUUACUUUGGAGCUGAA